AGUUUCAGUUUCGUUUGUUGUGCGAAGGCAGCAACAAGUGCCCCGGCAGCAGCAGCACCAGCAGCAGCAGCAGCAUCAAUAGUUGCUGAAGCGCAACAAGUGCCACGCGUAGAGCGAGAGAAAGACAGAGAGAGAGAGACAGAGAAAGACAGAGAAGGGAGCAAAGAAAAAUUGCCAGAGCUAAAAACACACCACGUCUCUUCAAUUAGCUUUGCUGCAGUUUUAUUUAAAUAUAAAUUCGCAUUAAGACAUUCGCAAAUUGAUCACAUUAAACUACGAAAUAAAUUCAUUAAACGCAAUUCAAUUGGCAGCAGCAACAGCUGAGCGAAAAAAGAAGAAAAACGAGCAAAAAGUGAAAGGCGACAAGGAAAAGGGAAAACAAAAGUGGAAAUGUUGUUCAAAGGCGUCCAACUACUGCGCAGCGGAUUGGCCUCUCCGCCCAAGUGUUACAAUUUUCGACUGGUCUGCCGCUCGCUGUCUGUGCAAUAUGGAGAUGUGAAGACAUUGACGCCGGCUGUCCGAGACUAUGUGGAUAAGUGCGUGAAUCUGUGCCAACCGGAUCGCGUGCAUAUCUGCGAUGGCAGCUCUGCGGAGAGCAAGCUGCUGCAAGGCUUGAUGCUGAAGCAGGGCACGAUCCUUCCACUGCCCAAGUACAAGAAUUGCUGGCUGGCACGCACCAAUCCAGCCGAUGUGGCACGCGUGGAGUCCAAGACGUUCAUCAGCACAGAGCGCAAGGAGGAGACGGUGCCAGUUACGCCAAAUGCCACGCCCGGAACGCUUGGCAAUUGGAUCUCCGAUGCGGAUCUGAAGGCUGCCAUUGGAGAGCGUUUCCCUGGCAGCAUGAAAGGUCGCACUAUGUAUGUGAUACCCUUUAGCAUGGGUCCCGUAGGCUCACCUCUCUCCAAAAUAGGCAUAGAAAUCACCGACUGUCCAUAUGUAGUAGAGUCCAUGAAGAUUAUGACGCGUGCUGGUGCUCCAGUACUGCAGGUGCUGCAGCAGGGUGACGGACAGUUCGUUAAGUGUCUUCACUCGGUCGGCACACCAGCCAGUGGUGUACAGGCCCAGGCCUCGUGGCCGUGUGAUCCAGAGCGCACCAUCAUACUCCAUAAGCCAGCCGAGAAUGAGAUUGUUUCUUAUGGCUCGGGCUAUGGUGGCAACUCUUUGCUGGGCAAGAAAUGUUUUGCCUUGCGCAUUGGCAGCACCAUUGCCAAGCGGGAAGGUUGGCUGGCCGAGCACAUGCUAAUUUUGGGCAUCACCAAUCCGCAGGGCAAGAAGAUUUACGUGGCAGCCGCCUUUCCCUCGGCCUGCGGCAAGACCAAUCUAGCCAUGAUGACGCCCAGUCUGCCGGGCUACAAGGUGGAGUGCGUUGGCGAUGACAUCGCCUGGAUGAAGUUCGACUCACAGGGCGUGCUGCGCGCCAUCAAUCCCGAGAAUGGCUUCUUUGGCGUUGCACCCGGCACCUCGCGUGCCACCAAUCCCAUCGCCAUGGACACCAUCUUCAGCAAUACGGUCUUUACCAAUGUGGCCUCCACGUCGGAUGGCGGUGUUUACUGGGAGGGCAUGGAUGCAUCACAGUUGAGCAAUGUCACAGUCACCGAUUGGCUGGGCAAACUCUGGUCAGCCGAAUCGGGUAAGCCGGCUGCUCAUCCCAACUCCCGUUUCUGCACUCCUGCUGCUCAGUGCCCAAUUAUUGAUCCCGCCUGGGAGGACAGCGCCGGCGUUCCCAUCUCUGCGAUUCUGUUUGGUGGUCGUCGUCCCGCAGGCGUUCCUUUGGUCUAUGAGGCACGCGACUGGGCACAUGGCGUCUUUAUAGGAGCUGCCAUGCGAAGCGAGGCAACUGCCGCAGCUGAGCACAAGGCCAAGGUAGUCAUGCACGAUCCUUUCGCGAUGCGUCCUUUCUUUGGCUACAACUUUGGUGACUAUCUCGCGCACUGGCUGAGCAUGGAGCAGCGCGGAAAAGUGCCCAAGAUCUUCCACGUGAAUUGGUUCCGCAAGAGCAAUGAGGGCAAGUUCUUGUGGCCAGGAUUCGGUGAUAACUCGCGUGUUCUGGACUGGAUCUUCCGUCGUGUGGAAGGCGAGAAAUGCUUCGAGGAGUCGCCCAUCGGCCUGCUGCCCAGCCAGGGUGCAUUGAAUGUUGAAGGCGUCAAAGGCGAAGUGGAUCUCAAGCAGCUGUUCGAACUGCCCAAAGAAUUUUGGCAGCAGGAGGUCAAAGAGAUCGAACAGUACUUCGAGGCCCAAGUGGGCAGUCAUUUGCCACGCCCCGUAGCAGAGCAGCUGACAGAACUGAAGAAUCGUGUGGCCAACAUGUGAUGUGCAUAAUCGCUCCACUCUGUGCGGUUUCAUAGGUUAUUCAUAAUCUUAGUUUAAUAAAGUCUCAUAAAACCAG